GGCCCGGGACUCGCCCGGAGCCCGGGGCAGGAGGGAGGCGGGAGGAGGGAGGGUCGCGGGCGGCCGCUGAGGGGCCGGGGCCCGGGGCCGCCGCCACCGCCACCAUCGUCCGAUGUCCCGGCCGCCACUGCCGCCGCCCGUGCGGGCGCUGCCCCUGCUGCUGCUGCUGGCGGGGCCGGGGGUUGCAGCUCCCCCUUGCCUGGAUGGAAGCCCAUGUGCAAAUGGAGGCCGCUGCACCCAGCUGCCCUCCGGGGAAGCUGCCUGCCUGUGUUCUCCAGGCUGGGUGGGUGAGCGAUGUGACCUGGAAGAUCCUUGUCACUCGGGCCCCUGUGCUGGCCGUGGCGUCUGCCAGAGCUCCGUGGUGGCUGGCGCUUCCCGGUUCUCCUGCCGCUGCCCCCGCGGCUUCCGAGGCCCAGAUUGCUCCCUGCCUGACCCCUGUCUCAGCAGUCCGUGCGCCCAUGGCGCGCGCUGCUCGGCGGGGUCCGAUGGCCGCUUCAUCUGCUCCUGUCCACCGGGCUACCAGGGUCGUAGCUGCAGAAGCGACGUGGAUGAGUGCCGGAUGGGUGGGCCCUGCCGCCAGGGGGGCACCUGCCUCAAUACACCUGGUUCCUUCCACUGCCAGUGUCCAGGUGGCUACACGGGGCCACUGUGCGAGAGUCCCGUGGUGCCCUGUGCUCCGUCGCCCUGCCGGAACGGGGGCACCUGCCGGCAGAGCGGCGACCUCACCUAUGACUGUGCCUGCCUUCCUGGCUUCAAGGGCCCGCACUGUGAGGUGAAUGUGGAUGACUGUCCGGGACACCGGUGCCUCAAUGGGGGGACGUGUGUGGAUGGGGUCAACACCUACAACUGCCAGUGUCCUCCCGAGUGGACAGGUCAGUUUUGCACUGAGGACGUGGACGAGUGCCAGCUCCAGCCCAACGCAUGCCACAAUGGGGGCACGUGCUUCAACACGCUGGGGGGGCACAGCUGCGUGUGUGUCAAUGGCUGGACGGGAGAGAGCUGCAGUCAGAACAUCGAUGACUGUGCCACGGCCGUAUGCUUCCAUGGGGCCACUUGCCAUGACCGUGUGGCCUCCUUCUACUGCGCCUGCCCCAUGGGCAAGACUGGCCUUCUCUGUCACCUGGAUGACGCCUGUGUCAGCAACCCCUGUCACGAUGACGCCAUCUGUGACACCAACCCAGUGAACGGCCGGGCCAUCUGCACCUGUCCGCCGGGCUUCACGGGCGGGGCGUGUGACCAGGACGUGGACGAGUGCUCCAUUGGUGCCAACCCGUGUGAACAUCUGGGGCGGUGCGUGAACACGCAGGGGUCGUUCCUGUGCCAGUGUGGCCGGGGCUACACGGGACCUCGCUGCGAGACCGACGUCAACGAAUGUCUGUCCGGGCCAUGUCGAAACCAGGCCACAUGCCUGGAUCGCAUCGGCCAGUUCACUUGCAUCUGCAUGGCAGGCUUCACAGGAACCUAUUGCGAAGUGGACAUCGAUGAGUGUCAGAGUAGCCCGUGUGUCAACGGGGGUGUCUGCAAAGAUCGUGUCAACGGCUUCAGCUGCACCUGCCCCUCAGGUUUCAGUGGGUCCAUGUGCCAGCUGGAUGUCGAUGAGUGUGCAAGCACGCCCUGCUGGAAUGGUGCCAAGUGUGUUGACCAACCGGAUGGCUACGAAUGUCACUGUGCGGAGGGCUUUGAGGGGACCCUGUGUGAGCGCAAUGUGGAUGACUGCUCCCCUGACCCGUGCCACCACGGGCGCUGUGUGGAUGGCAUCGCCAGCUUCUCGUGUGCCUGUGACCCCGGCUACACGGGCACGCGCUGUGAGAGCCAGGUGGACGAGUGCCGCAGCCAGCCCUGCCGCCACGGGGGUAAAUGCCUGGACCUGGUGGACAAAUACCUCUGCCGCUGUCCUCCUGGCACCACAGGAGUGAACUGCGAGGUUAACAUUGACGAUUGUGCCAGUAACCCUUGCACUUUCGGAAUCUGCCGGGAUGGGAUCAACCACUACGACUGUGUCUGCAGGCCAGGUUUCACAGGGCCCCUCUGCAACGUGGAGAUCAACGAAUGCACAUCUAACCCUUGCGGCGAGGGUGGUUCCUGUGUGGAUGGAGAAAAUGGCUUCCACUGCCUCUGUCCCCCCGGAUCCUUGCCCCCACUCUGCCUCCCUCCCAGCCACCACUGUGCCCAUGAGCCUUGCAAGCAUGGUGUCUGCCAUGAUGCACCUGAUGGGUUCCGCUGCAUGUGUGAGCCUGGCUGGACUGGCCCCCAGUGCGGUCAUAGUCUGGCUCGAGACGCAUGUGAGUCCCAGCCCUGCCGUGCUGGCGGUACCUGCACCAGUGAUGGAGUGAGGUUCCGGUGCACCUGCCCUCCUGGAGUCCAGGGCCGUCAGUGUGAGGUGCUGUCUCCAUGUACCCCGAACCCCUGUGAGCAUGGGGGUCACUGUGAGAUGGGCCCUGGGCAGCUCAUUGUCUGCUCCUGCCCCUCAGGCUGGCAAGGUCCUCGGUGCCAGCAAGAUGUGGACGAGUGUGCCAGCCCCUCACCCUGCGGCCCCCAUGGCAUCUGUACCAACCUGGCAGGCAGUUUCAGCUGUACUUGCCUUGGGGGCUACACGGGUCCUUCCUGUGACCAGGACAUCGAUGACUGUGACCCCAAUCCAUGCCUCAAUGGUGGCUCCUGUCAGGAUGGCGUGGGCUCCUUCUCUUGCUCUUGCCUUCCUGGCUUCGCCGGUUCACACUGUGCCAGCGACGUGGAUGAAUGCCUCAGCAACCCCUGCGGCCUGGGCACCUGCACCGACCACGUGGCCUCCUUCACCUGCACCUGCCCACCAGGCUAUGGAGGCUUCCACUGCGAGAAGGACCUGCCAGACUGCAGCCUCAGCUCCUGCUUCAACGGAGGGACUUGUGUGGACGGUGUGAACUCGUUCAGUUGCCUGUGCCGCCCUGGCUACACGGGCACCCACUGCCAGUACGAGGAGGACCCUUGCCUGUCACGGCCCUGUCUGCACGGGGGCAUCUGUAGAGCCACCCACCCAGGCUUUCAUUGCACCUGCCAGGAGGGCUUUACCGGCAGCCAGUGCCAGACUCCAGUAGACUGGUGUGGCCAGGCACCCUGCCAGAAUGGAGGCCGCUGUGUCCAGACUGGGGCCUAUUGCCUGUGUCCCUCCGGAUGGAGUGGCCGCCUCUGUGACACGCGAAGUCUGCCCUGCAGGGAGGCUGCAGUUCAGAUGGGGGUGCGGCUGGAGCAGCUGUGUGAUGCGGGAGGACAAUGCGUGGACCAGGACAGCUCCCACUACUGCGUGUGUCCAGAGGGUCGCACGGGCAGCCACUGUGAACAGGAGCUGGACCCCUGCUUGGCUCAGCCCUGCCAGAAUGGGGGCACCUGCCGUGGCUACAUGGGGGGCUAUGUGUGUGAGUGUCCAGCUGGCUAUACAGGUGACAGCUGUGAGACCGAUGUGGAUGAGUGUGCGUCCAAGCCCUGCCAGCAUGGGGGCUCCUGCAUCGACCUCGUGGGGCGAUACCUUUGUUCCUGUCCCCCUGGGACUCUGGGUGUGCUCUGUGAGAUUAAUGAGGAUGAUUGUGGUCCAGGCCCACCGCCAGACUCUGGCACCCGCUGUCUGCACAAUGGCACCUGUGUGGACCUGGUGGGGGGCUUCCGCUGUAAUUGCCCCCCGGGAUACACCGGUCUACACUGCGAGGCAGAUAUCAAUGAGUGUCGUCCUGGGGUCUGCCAUGCAGCACAUACCCGGGACUGCCUGCAAGUCCCAGGAGGGCACUUCCUCUGCCUUUGCCAUCCGGGCUUCACAGGUCCUCGCUGUCAGACUGUCCUCUCUGCCUGUGAGUCCCAGCCCUGCCAGCAUGGAGGCCAGUGUCGUCUCAGCCCAGCCCCUGGCGGUGGGCUGACCUUCACCUGCCACUGUGUCCAGCCGUUCUGGGGUCCGCGUUGCGAGCGGGUGGCGCGCUCCUGCCGGGAGCUGCAGUGUCCGGCGGGGGUCCCGUGUCAGCUGACCGCACGCGGGCCGCGCUGCGCCUGCCCCCCGGGACUGUCGGGUCCCUCCUGCCGGGGCUCCCGGGCGUCCCUCCCGGGAGCCGCCAACGCCAGCUGCUCCGCCGCCCCUUGUCUGCACGGGGGCUCCUGCCGCCCUACGCAGAUCGCUCCCUUCUUCCGCUGUGCAUGCUCUGCGGGCUGGGAGGGGCUGCGUUGCGAGACCCCGGCGGCGGUGGCGGCCUCGCCGGAGGUGCCGCCGGAGGAGCCACGGUGCCCGCGGGCCGCCUGCCAGGCCAAGCGCGGGGACGGGCGCUGCGACCGCGAGUGCAACAGCCGGGGCUGUGGCUGGGACGGCGGCGACUGCUCGCUGAGCGUGGGCGACCCCUGGCGGCAGUGCGAGGCGCUGCAGUGCUGGCGCCUCUUCAACAACAGCCGCUGCGACCCGGCCUGCAGCUCGCCCGCCUGCCUCUACGACAACUUCGACUGCCACGCGGCUAGCGAGCGCACCUGCAACCCUGUGUAUGAAAAAUACUGCACUGACCACUUUGCAGAUGGUCGCUGCGACCAGGGCUGCAAUACGGAGGAGUGUGGCUGGGAUGGGCUGGACUGUGCCAGUGAGGUCCCGGCUUUGCUUGCCCGUGGUGUGCUGGUUCUCACGGUCCUGCUGCCCCCUGAAGAGCUGCUGCGGUCUGGUGCGGAUUUCCUGCAGCGGCUCAGUGCCAUCCUGCGCACCUCACUGCGCUUCCGCCUGGAUGCGCGUGGCCAAGCAAUGGUGUUUCCUUACCACCGGCCCAGCACUGGCUUUGAACCCCGAGCCCGACGGGAGCUGGCCCCUGAGGUGAUCGGCUCCGUGGUGAUGCUGGAGAUUGACAACCGGCUCUGCCUGCAGUCUCCCGAGAACGAUCACUGCUUCCCCGAUGCGCAGAGUGCCGCAGACUACCUGGGAGCCUUGUCGGCUGUGGAGCGCCUGGAUUUUCCCUACCCACUGCGGGAUGUGCGGGGGGAGCCCCUGGAGCCCUCUGCGCCCGGCGUGCCCACCAUGCCACUGCUGGCCGCCAGCGCUGUCUUCCUGCUCAUCAUCUUCGUCCUGGGCGUCAUGGUUGCCCGGCGCAAGCGCGAGCACAGCACCUUGUGGUUCCCAGAGGGAUUCGCGCUGCACAAGGACGCGGCCGCUGGACACAAGGGCCGGCGGGAGCCUGUGGGACAAGAUGCGCUGGGCAUGAAGAACAUGGCCAGGGGCGAGAGUCUGAUGGGGGAGGUAGUCACAGACUGGAUGGACACAGAGUGCCCGGAGGCCAAGCGACUGAAGGUUGAGGAGCCUGGAGUGGGGGCCGAGGAGCCUGUGGACUGUCGCCAGUGGACCCAGCAUCACCUGGUGGCCGCUGACAUCCGUGUGGCACCAGCCAUGGCACUGACACCACCACAGGGAGAUGCGGAUGCUGACGCCAUGGAUGUGAAUGUGCGAGGCCCAGAUGGCUUCACCCCCCUCAUGCUGGCCUCCUUCUGUGGGGGGGCCCUGGAGCAGAUGCCCCCUGAGGAGGAGGAGGCUGAUGACACGUCUGCCAGCAUCAUUUCGGACCUCAUCUGCCAAGGGGCCCAGCUUGGGGCUCGGACUGACCGCACGGGCGAGACUGCCCUGCACCUGGCUGCCCGCUAUGCACGGGCUGAUGCCGCCAAGCGGUUGCUCGAUGCCGGGGCGGACACCAAUGCCCAGGACCACUCAGGCCGCACCCCUCUGCACACGGCUGUGACCGCUGACGCCCAGGGCGUCUUCCAGAUUCUCAUUCGGAAUCGCUCUACAGACCUGGAUGCCCGCAUGGCAGACGGCUCUACUGCUCUGAUCCUGGCGGCCCGCCUGGCAGUGGAGGGCAUGGUAGAAGAGCUGAUAGCGUGCCAUGCAGAUGUGAAUGCGGUGGAUGAGCUGGGGAAGUCAGCCUUGCACUGGGCUGCGGCUGUGAACAACAUAGAGGCUACCUUGGCUCUGCUAAAAAAUGGAGCUAAUAAGGAUAUGCAGGACAGCAAGGAGGAGACCCCGCUGUUCCUGGCGGCCAGGGAGGGCAGCUACGAGGUAGUCAAGCUGUUGCUGGAUAAUUUUGCCAACCGGGAGAUCACGGACCACAUGGACAGGCUGCCGAGGGACGUGGCUCACGAGCGCCUGCACCAAGACAUCGUGCGCCUACUGGAGCAGCCCAGUGGGCCCCGCAGUCCCCCAGGCCCCCACAGCCUGGGACCCCUGCUCUGCCCCCCUGGGGCCUUCCUCCCAGGCAUCAAGGCCACGCAAUCUGGGGCCAAGAAGGGCAGGAGACCCCCUGGGAAGGCCGGGCUGGGUCCUCAGGGGGCUCGUGGGCGGGGCAAGAAGCUGACCCUGGCCUGUCCCGGGCCCCUGGCUGACAGCUCUGUUACUCUGUCCCCCGUGGACUCUCUGGACUCCCCUCGGCCCUUUGGCGGCACCCCUGCCUCCCCUGGAGGUUUCUCCCUGGAGGGUCCCUAUGCUGCGCCCACAGCCGCCCCCGUGUCCCUGACACAGCUUGGCGGUGCGGGCAGGGCAGGGCCUCUAGGGCGCCAGCCCCCUGGGAGCUGUGUGCUCAGCCUGGGCCUGCUGAACCCUGUGGCCGUCCCCCUCGAUUGGGCCCGACUGCCCCCACCUGCACCCCCAGGGCCCUCCUUCCUGUUGCCCCUGGCCCCAGGACCGCCCCUGCUCAACCCGGGGACCCCGGUCUCUCCCCAGGAGCGGCCUCCUCCCUACCUGGCCCCACCGGGGCACGGGGAAGAAUACCCAGCCGUGGGGACCAACAGUAGCCCCGCGAAGGGUCGCUUUCUCCGGGUUCCCAAUGAGCAUCCUUAUCUGACUCCGUCCCCCGAGUCUCCCGAACACUGGGCCAGCCCAUCGCCGCCCUCCCUCUCCGACUGGUCCGACUCCACGCCUAGCCCGGCCAUGGCCACGGCGGCCACGGCCACGGGAGCGCUGCCCGCCCAGCCGCACCCUUUGUCUGUCCCUGCCCCUCUGACUCAGGCUCAGACUCAGCUGGGGACCCAGCCGGAAGUCACCCCUAAGAGGCAGGUGUUGGCCUGAAACAAGUGCUCCUUGCUUUAGAUCAUGGAUCUGAAGAGACCCCAAUCUGCGUCUCUUUCUCUCUCUUUCUCUCUUUAAAGUGUUUUUCAAUCCUUGGAUCUUGGAUCUGAAGAGACAUUCCAUCUUGACAUCUGUCUGUCUGUCUGUCUGUCUGUCUGCCUCUCUGUCUCUCUCUCUUUCUCUGUCUCUCCUUGAAGUGUUCAAUUCUUGGACCUUGGAUCUGAAGAGACACCCCAUCCUGACUGACUCUCUCCCUCCCUCCUUGUCUCUCUCCACCAACCUUUUGCACCAGCCCAGACUCUUAGUCUUCCUUUAUUUAUAAUGUGGGGGCUGACACCCCACCUUCUGUAUCUUGUAAGGAGUGUGGGACCUUAUCUUUCCUCCCUUAUCCCUUCUUUUUUCUUUUUCUCCUCCUCCUCCUCCUCCUCCUCCUCCUCCUCCUCCUCCUCCUCCUCC